UAAGAUUAAUGAAAAACGAAAGUGAAAGUCGAGUUUCAAUAGACAAUUUAUCAAUCAAUAAGGCUACAGCUCCUUUAGUUACUAAUUAUAAAUAGUUGGUUUGUUGUUUUGUGAAAUAAAUGCUCUUUGAUGUUGUAAUCCCAGGAUAAAAGAUGUUUACUGAAGAUAAGAAAUAAAACCUAAGAAAUUAAAUUUUAUUCUAUCAAUAAGGCUUUGCAAGAAACAUGAAUGAUGAAUAAGCAUAUUAAGAAUUAAUAAUGUUAACAACAUCAUCUCCUCAUUUUAUAGAAUUGCUUAAAAAGACAUGUUAUAAUUUAAUUGGAUAAAACUAAGAGACUGAAGCCUAGGUUAAUAAAGAACUAAAUAGAAGUAUAUCAUCUAUAGAAACAUUUUCUGGAAACAUUAAGAUGAUAGAUAAAAAUAUUCUUGUAAAUUGGUCAACCACUAGAUAAAAACUGUACAGUAAAACCAUUAUUGAUAUAAUCAUGAGAGGAUUGUUGUUAAGUUAUUUCUUAGAAAUAAUCAUUCGAUCAUCAUUGAAACAAGAUUUUACAUUCAACUUUUUUAUUACAAUAGAGUAUAAUUAAUGUUGCUUAGAGAAAGAAGUUUAGUCCAUAUUCAAGAUUAGUGAUUAAACAACCUAAUACGAAUUUAAAUUUUAUAAACAAUGA